GGAAAUCAUUAUUAUUAUUAGCAUGUCUACACGACUGGAAAUAUGAACAAAACUCUAUAUGCGAUCCUAUAGUUCGGACAGAAACUCUCGUUGUGUGUUUUUAUUUAUGAGGAAAUAAGUAUUUGCGAUACAGAAAAUACUUUGAAAACUCGUGAUCACAUCUUCCAUGUUCUGACAGACGAGCCGAUUCGUGAGACGAAAUGGACGCCCCAAACACACUCAUUGUGAUGGUUCUCUUGGCCCUGCUGAGUACAGGACGGAGCUGCGAGUGGGGCGCCGGCCAGGAGCUGAGGAGGUUCGUGCGGGUGCGGGAGGACGCCGCCCUUGGAGACACGGUCCUCACACUCAACGUGACGCAGCCGGAUCUCCUGACGAUGCAGCCUCUCGCCGAUGAAUCCGUCAGAAUGUUUCGCGUGGAGGCCGUGGAUUCCGGUGGAGGAGGUGGAGGAGGUGGAAGGGGCGGCGGGCGGGCCAUGGGGGCGGCCCGGGUGGUGGUGGCCGCGCCCCUUCAGCCCCUCCUGCAGGCGGCGUCGCCCGUCACCAAGCUGGCUCUCACCUGCGGCAACAACCAGGUAUCAGUGCAGGUCACCGUUUACGUGGAGGAUGUGAAUGACCACGCCCCCGCCUUUGCUGUCAAGAACAUCACUGUCACGGUGGAUGAACUCACGCCCGUGGGCCUGACCAUCCUACCCGAGAUCCGAGUGACGGACGGCGACAAGGCCAACACAGCCAACUCGGAGGUCACCCUCGAACUGCGCGAGGGCGACCCCGAGGGACACUUCACCAUGGCGGACCGCAAGAGGGGCACCAUCACCCUGGCCAAGCCCCUGGAUUACGACGCCGGACCGGACACCUUCCUGCUGGGGGUGGUGGCGAAGGACAUGGGCUCCCCGUCCCUCAGUUCGACGACCACAGUGACGGUGGUGGUGGUGGACGCCGACGACCUGCCUCCGGUGUUCAGCCACGAGCGCUACUUCGCCAAGGUCUCCGAGCACCCGGGGCACGACACGGGCGCCGCAAUCCGAGAGGAGGUGAGCUUGACUCCGGGUCCCCUCCGAGCUCUCGACGGCGACGUAGGGCAGAACGCCAGUCUUCGUUACACGCUCGUCCGUUCCCCGGCCUCGGAAUACUUCACCCUCGACCCCCGCAGUGCUCAGCUGUUCCUCACGAAGCACCUCGACCGGGAAACGCUGGCCGAUAGUUCGCUCGUCCUCCAUGUUCGAGCGGAGCAGGAGGACAACCCACGCCGUGUCGGGUCCAGCGUGAUCGAGGUGUUCGUGGAGGACGUGAACGACAACCUGCCCGAGUUCAGCCACAGUGUGUACGCCAUUUCCAUCGUGGAGAAUUUGCCGUCGGGUUUCAGCGUCGUCCAGGUGUCGGCCACGGAUCGGGACGAGGGGGUAAACGGUGCCUUCAACUACCACGUGGUUGGCGGCCAGGGAGCCUUAACUGUCAACCCUCUGUCAGGCUGGUUGACGGUGGACAACCACAACAUCCUGGACCGCGAGGAGUCCCCCGUCAUCACCCUGUACGUGUGUGCCAACCAGAUCGCGCCCAUCGUCCAGGCACCGCCGGGCGUCAGGCAGACGUCCCUCUUCCGCAAUAGGACUUCAGGAGGCGCCGACGACAGUCCGAGAGGAGGCGCGGUUGACAAGGAGGAGGAGAAGGAGGAAGAAGGGAUCCUCGAAGCCCCCGUGACGGAAGAUCCUCCCACGACGUUCCAGGAGAGGUCGCGGGAGUCACCGACGCGAGUCACUGUCCCCUUGUUGAGGCGAAGGACGCGACCCACGCCAUCUACGCGAGCCGGAGAACGAAUCAGGAACAGUCCUUCGGCAGAGUCCCGGGCGCCGUCGGGAGUUGUCACGCGUCAGAGGAGGACCGACGCCCAAGUGAGGGGAAAGGCAGCAGCUGAAAGAAGCUCGAGGGAACUCUCGAGAAGGGAAUCGCGAGUGUUAUCAGACACCAAAAGGAAUGGAGAACCUUCAGAAGACAAUGAAGACGAUUUUGUUGUAACAACAACACCGAAGACGACGACGACAACAACAACAACAACAACAACAACAACAACAACACCAGAAUCAAGUUCAAGGCUGGAACGCGUGAAGAGUAACCUCUCGAAACGACGCCUCCUCUCUCCCAGACGCUUGAGGAGAAGAAUCGACGAGAAUCGAAGUAGGUCCUCGAGACGACGAAGUUCUCGCUCCGAACGAUCCGCAACUGAAGCCAGAAAGUCUCCCGACUCCCCCGACUCUCCCGACUUCAAAUCCGACUCGGAGUCCUGUGCCAAGAUCGAGCUGAAACUCCUGGACGCCAACGACAACAACCCAGAGUUCCUCCCGAGUAACCAGUACCAGUUUACUAUAAGUGAAGAGGCACGAGAGGGCACCGUUGUAGGUUCGGUACAAGCAGAGGACCGCGACGAAGGCGGCAACGGACGCGUCAGCUACUCCAUCCAGUCCCCAGGCAACAGCACGAGACGCGACCGCACCAAGGCCUUCUCCAUCGACGAGGACAAGGGCACCAUCCGCCUCGUCACCAAGCUGCUUCCUGGCGAAGUCACCCUCUUCGUUGAGGCGUCUGAUAGGCCGUCCAACCCUUCGGAGACGAGGACAUCUCUCGCCGUGGUUACUGUCUACGUCCAGGCAACCCAGAUGUGGGAGCCGAGGUUCGUGGGCGCCCCCUACGAGCUGUGGGUGGGGAGCGACGCCACUGUGGGCACCAGUGUGGGGCAAGUACGCGUCGUGGACAUGGAAGGCUCAGACCUCAUGUUUGAUAUGUUCCAUUCCUACCAAGAUGGAGUUCCCUUCGCCAUCGAGGAGAGCUCUGGCAUCGUCUCGGUCGUGGCUCCCGUCCAGCAGUUCUCGAGGACCAACUACGAGUUCGAGGCGGUGGUCACGGACGGGCGGACGUCGCUCGUCACCAACGUCACCAUCCACGUCGCCCCCAACAGGAGGCCCUCCACCAGGCGCAGCACCGUCGUCAACUUCUCCGUGCAGGAGAACGUGGCGGGCGGCCUCGUGGGCGACUUGGCGACUGCCUUGCGGGACGUCGGGGCAAGGAUCGCCUCGGACCCGCAGUUCGAGUUGGUGAGUCCGGAAGCCAGGAAGUACUUCGCCCUCGGCCAGGACGCCUCCCUGUACACCGUGGCGCCCUUGGACUAUGAGGCCUCCCCCAACCACACGCUCGUCAUCGUCAGCGGAAGGACCUCGGAUAUUUAUUACGUAAACGUGCAGGUUGAGGAUCUGAACGACAACCCGCCCCAGCUGAAUGCGGUGGCGUACGAGGGCACCAUCAGGGAAAACGCUCUACCGGGCACCACCAUAAGAGUUCUUCCUGCCAUACAGGUGAGCGACAAGGACCAGUACCCCGGCGCCACCUACUUCCUCCAGCUGUUUGGCGACGCGGCUCACCUGUUCGACAUCGACUCCUCGACCGGCCAGGUCACCUUCGUCGGCGACGACCUGGACCGCGAGAAGGUCGACUCGUACGUGCUGCGCGUGGAGGCUCGCGACGACGGCAACCUCACGUCGAGAGCCAACCUCACCAUCAGCAUCGAGGACGUGAACGACAACCCGCCGCGGUUCGUGCAGCGCGAGCCGCUCUUCUCGGCGCGGGAGGACGACCCGGACGAGAACUCCUCGAGGAAGCUCCCCGACACGUCCAACCUCGAGUACCUGGCAGACCUUGAGCGCUCCCUCGUCAAGAUCCCCGAGUCCCUGCCUAUCGGCAGCCGCGUGACGGAGGUCACGGCCACCGAUGACGACGAGAAGCUGUACGCCGACGUCCGCUACAAGAUCGACGCGCAGACCUCUUUCAGCUUCGCCAGCGGGGAGAACACGACGCCCAUUCUGAAGGAGGCGUCGACCUUCUCCAUCGAGAGCAAGACGGGCGUGGUCGUGGUGGCGGGGCCCCUGGAGCCCGACCACUUCUACCUCCUGAAUAUCUCGGCGACGGACGGCGGCGGCCUGGCGUCGCACACGACCGUCUCCGUCGCCGUGUUCGACGUGAACGAUCACGCGCCGCGGUUCGAGCGCCCCGUCUACAACUUCGAGGUGGUGGAGGGCGAGUACCUGGUGGGGGAGGUGGGCAAGGUGGUAGCCUUCGACCAGGACUUCGGCAACAACGCCAAGGUGCACUACCAGAUCAUCUUCUACAAGAACUCGAGCGAGGACCAGGUGUUCCCCUUCAGGAUCGUGGAGACCUCGGGCACCAUCCUGGCCACGGGCACCGUCAACCGCGAGGAGCGCGAGGUGUACGAGUUCUCCGUCGUGGCCACGGACAUGGGCACGCCGCAGCUCUCCUCGUCCGUCCUCGUCCACAUCGACAUCAUCGACGUCAACGACCACCGCCCCGUCUUCUACGACUACAAGGACGCGAUCUACUCCGGGGAGGCGAGCAGCGACGGCCAGCUGGAGUCGGGCAACGCCAGCUUCACGCCGGUGUACACGGCCGCCCUCUCGGAGCACGCCCCUCGCGGCACCGUCGUGGCCAGGCUGUUCGCGAACGACUCCGACUCCGGCACGUCGGGGAACGGCCUCAUCCUGUACAAGCUGGAGGGCGGCGAGGACAAGUUCUCCAUCGACUCGAACAACGGCAGCGUGUACACCGUGGGCGCGCUGGACUACGAGCGCGCCCCGACCCACAACCUGACGGUGGUGGCGCAGGACCUGGGCACCCCGCCACUUUCCGCCUCCGCCCUGCUGGUCGUCACGGUCGUCGACGAGGAGGAGGAGCUCACCACGCGUCUCUUCGACCGGGAGGAGUACGAGGUUCGCGUGAUGGAGAACAACGACACCCCCCUGCGACUACUGGAUCUGAACGUGAGCGAGGCGUUCUCCGGGCAGCAGCUGCACUACCAGCUGGUCGACCCGGGCAUGUCGGGCACUGUGGCGGUCGACUCGUACUCGGGCGAAGUCUACCUCAUCGCCAGCCUCGAUCGGGAGACCAAGAGUAGCUAUCGCUUCAAGGUACGGGCAACGCAGCCGGAACGAGGCCGCGCUCUAGAGUACCUGAACGAGCAGUCGCAAAGCACGAGACGGUUCGAGGAAGCGGCGGAGGGCGAUCUGACUUCUCCUCCUCUGGCUGACACCGAAGUCCCCGUCGUCGUUGCCCUGGAGACACUCCCUCACGACGGCGACGGUGGGCUGAGCGUCCCUGCCGAGGUGGUCUCCUUGGGGACUUAUAGGAAGCCCGUGAGAAGGCAGAGGACAGCGCCGCCCUUGGGGGAGCCGGCCGUCGGGACACAGCCUUUGCGCGCACAGGCGAGCCUGUUGGUGGGCGGCGGGCGCGACCUGGGCCUCGGGAUGGACGAGGUGUGGGUGGUGGUGGAGGUGGAGGACCAGAACGACAACAGCCCCAGCAUCCUUCCCCAGGGGCGGCCCGUCGUGGCGGCUGUCCCUGCCACGGCUGCGUACGGGCACUUCGUCACUAGGAUCAUGGCUAGCGACCCAGACCAGGGCAUCAACGGGGAACUGCGCUACGAGAUUCUACCCGGCGAAGGGGCACAGGACGCCAGCACCAGGUUCGCCGUCGACCCCGUGUCAGGACAGGUGGUUGUAAUCGGUUCCUUGGAGGACGAAUCCGGUAAGAUGUUUGGCUUCGACGUCCGUGUAAGCGAUCAGGGCGGAGCUCCAUCAGCUCGGUCGGCCAUCGCGAACGUUUUCGUGCACGUUUUGGGAGCAGGAGGUCACCUGGUGCUGGAAGUGGCCGCAAAACCGCGAGAAGUAGAACCCCAUCUCUACCACAUCCAAGGGAUGCUAACCAACGUGUCUGGGUUGGAUGUUCGCGUGCAGAGAAUAGCGCCCCAUGUUGACGGUGACGCGGCGCUUACUACGGCGACAGACAUGUACGUUUAUGCAGUUGACCCGAUCACUCAGUCUGUGGUCGACGCCAGCCACCUCCGCCAGGCGCUGAGGGUGAGGAAGAGUGAGCUGAAGUCCCUCCUUCCCGGUGGCGUCCAUUUCAGGGGCAUGAGGGUGCCUCUGCCUUCUCGCCAGGGACAUGUGUUACAGACUGCGGAGUUGGCGAUACUGAUUGGCGCCGUGGUGGUGUUCCUCGUGACAGUUACGACGAUUGUGUGUCUCUGUUACAAGCAAAGAAAGAGCCGCCGCAAGCCCAUGCCGAUGCCGCCCAUGAUGACCGCAGCCGGGAUACCCGUGAUGCCCCUGGCCUACCCCGGCCCCUUCGCCGCCCCCUACACCCACAUGAGCGACCACAGCAGCUCGGAGUCCACAGAGGCCCAGGAGUUACCCCACGACCAUCCUCACUAUCCUCAUGACCUCGUCCACUAUCCGCCUGACCCGAUGAGCUACCCGGUUGACCCUGCUGUCACUACCCACUUCCCUCAGGACCCUAGCCACUACCCACGCCCGCCGCCCAGACGUCGCUCCUGCGCCCACAGCUUCCAGGCAGAUCGAGAGCUGUUGCACCCUUGUAGCAGCGGCGAGAGAGUGUCUUCCCACACCGACGAGGACGAAGGUAGCGGCCCGGUGUGUCUCCGCCACGCCCCCUCGCGGAAGCGCCGCCGAGGCACCCAGCAGGGAGCAGAAGGCAGAGGCAGCGGGCCGAGCCACAAGAGCAGGAGCUCCUCGAGGGCGGGUCGAAGAGCGCUGGGGGAAGAGCCCUCGAGUUCAGACUUCGACGAGAGGGACCACGCGCCUCCCCUGGUCACCAUCCCCAGGCCUCAACCCUGCUGCAUGGAGGAUAGACAGAGACCGAACCCAAACAACCCACGAGCAUUACCGACCGUCGACUGCACGCUAGAGAACCCCGGCAGAGCCCACUCCCCCGACAGCCUGGAACGUCCCUCGCACUGCCGGGCUGCCGCUCACACCCACACCAUCCCCCGCACGCACCUCAAGAGGGAGAGGGGCUCGGAUCAUGCAGGAGGGAGGAACUCUGAUCUCCACCCGAGUGACGUUACAGAGCUUUGAUGUUUCCGACGUCGGCGUUUGUGAUGAAGAUCUGUCUAGUAGCAAGGGAAAUGUUUUGUGACUCGGGUGGUGUUCAGAGUGGGGGGGGGG